GGAACAGCCAAUGGGCGCGAACAGCCAAUGGGCGCGCUCCGCCCCGCCCCCCCCGUCCCUUGAGGCUAAGGGAGCGGGCGGCGCGCGCCGCGGCCGUCCGUGAGCGAGAGCCGUCAGUGGGGAGCAGUGCGCGCCGCAGCCAUGGCCGAAGCUGAUAUUGCGUUGAUCGGACUGGCCGUGAUGGGUCAGAACCUGAUUCUGAACAUGAAUGAUCACGGCUUCGUGGUCUGUGCUUUUAACAGGACAGUUUCCAAAGUGGAUGACUUUCUGGCCAAUGAGGCCAAAGGAACCAAAGUGAUUGGUGCUCACAGCCUGGAGGAGAUGGUCUCGAAGCUAAAGAAGCCUCGACGCAUCAUCUUGCUGGUGAAGGCUGGAAGUGCGGUGGAUGACUUCAUCAAUAAAUUAGUGCCGUUGUUGGAGACUGGGGACAUCAUAAUUGACGGUGGGAAUUCUGAGUAUAGAGAUACCACGAGACGCUGUAAGGAGCUGCAGAAAAAAGGCCUCUUGUUUGUUGGAAGUGGUGUUAGUGGUGGAGAGGAAGGUGCCAGGUAUGGUCCUUCACUCAUGCCGGGAGGAUCCAAAGAAGCCUGGCCACAUAUCAAGACCAUAUUUCAAAGCAUUGCUGCUAAAGUGGGAUCUGGGGAGCCUUGUUGUGACUGGGUGGGAGAGGAGGGUGCCGGACACUUUGUGAAGAUGGUGCAUAAUGGGAUUGAAUAUGGAGACAUGCAGUUGAUUUGUGAGGCCUACCACCUGAUGAAAGAUGUCGUGGGCAUGGAUCACGAUGAGAUGUCACGGGUAUUUGAUGAAUGGAAUAAGACUGAACUGGACUCUUUCCUUAUUGAAAUCACAGCCAAUAUUCUCAAAUUCAAAGACAAUGAUGGCAAAUACCUCCUCCCAAAGAUCAGGGACAGUGCAGGACAAAAAGGCACAGGGAAGUGGACGGCAAUUUCUGCCCUGGAAUAUGGAGUCCCUGUCACUCUCAUAGGUGAAGCUGUGUUUGCACGGUGCCUGUCGUCCCUCAAGGAUGAGAGAGUCCAGGCCAGUAAGGUGCUGAAUGGGCCUAAAUUGACUCAGUUUAGUGGGAACAAGAAGGCAUUUCUGGAGGACAUACGCAAGGCCCUGUAUGCUUCCAAGAUUAUCUCGUAUGCUCAAGGCUUCAUGCUGCUGAGACAAGCAGCCAAAGAAUUUGGCUGGACACUGAAUUAUGGUGGCAUUGCCCUGAUGUGGAGGGGAGGCUGCAUCAUCAGAAGCGUGUUCCUGGGAAAAAUCAAAGAUGCUUUUGAUCGAAACCCUGAACUUCAGAAUUUGCUGUUGGAUGAUUUCUUUAAGACAGCUGUUGAAAAAUGCCAGGACUCCUGGAGACAUGUAAUCAGUACUGGAGUCCAGCAUGGUAUUCCUAUGCCCUGCUUCACUACAGCACUUUCUUUUUAUGAUGGAUACAGACAUGAAGUGCUGCCAGCUAACCUGAUUCAGGCUCAGCGUGAUUACUUUGGUGCACAUACGUAUGAGUUAUUAUCGAAGCCAGGUGUAUUUAUCCAUACUAACUGGACAGGCCAUGGGGGAAAUGUGUCCUCUUCUGCCUACAAUGUCUAAUGGAAAUAUUCUUUCUUGAAGCUGAGAUACUGUAGAUCUCAGAUAUUGCUCCGUGAACACCCCUUUAUACUGUACUGUGUUAGAACUUGCAUUUGCACACUUUUGUAAUAACUUGUGGGUAUAUUUCACAUACUAUAUAAGAAAGCUAAAUAAACCUGCUUGUAAGUA